AUGAGAAUCUGUAUUGUCGGCUCUGGAAACUGGGGGUCGGCUAUUGCAAAGAUUGUUGGUGUAAAUGCCACUAAGAAACCAGAUAAAUUUGUUUCAGAAGUGAGGAUGUAUGUUUAUGAGGAGAUGAUUGGUGAUCAGAAAUUGACAGAUAUCAUCAACACAAAACAUGAAAACGUCAAGUAUCUGCCAGGCUACAAACUACCCACAAACGUGGUUGCUGUUCCUGAUGUAAAAGAAGCUGCUGCCGAUUCAGAUAUUUUGAUCUUUGUUGUCCCUCAUCAGUUUGUACGAGGAAUUUGCUCAUCAUUGAAAGGUACUAUAAAGAACAAUGCAAUAGGUGUAUCUUUAAUUAAGGGAUUUGAAGUCAAAAAAGAAGGUGGUAUCCGUCUUAUUUCUGAAGUGAUUGAAUCGGAAUUAAACAUCUCUUGUGCUGUGUUGAUGGGUGCAAACAUUGCCAAUGAAGUAGCUGAAGCAAACUAUUGUGAAUCGACUAUUGGUUGUAAAAAUAAAGAAACAGGAUUGCUUUUAAAAGAAUGCUUCCAUACAGAUUACUUCCGGAUUGUGGUAGUAGAAGACAACCAGACUGUCGAGAUUUGUGGUGCUCUUAAAAAUAUUGUUGCUGUUGGUGCUGGUAUAAGUGAUGGUCAAGGUUAUGGUGAUAAUACAAAGGCAGCUAUCAUACGCUUAGGUCUCAUGGAAAUGAUUAAAUUCUGUAAAGUGUUUUACAGCAAUUCAAUGAUGGCAACCUUCCUAGAAAGUUGUGGAGUAGCUGAUUUAAUAACAACAUGUUAUGGUGGACGUAACAGAAAAGUUGGCGAAGCAUUUGCUAAAACUGGCAAAUCUAUUGAGCAACUUGAAAAGGAAAUGUUGAAUGGACAAAAACUGCAAGGGCCAGCAACAGCUGCUGAAGUGAAUCAUAUGUUGAAAGUCAAGAACAUGGAAGAAGAGUUUCCAUUGUUUACUUCCGUCCACCGUAUGUGCCAGGGAGAAUAUCCUGUGGAUACUUUUAUUGACUGUCUCAAGAACCAUCCUGAACAUAUUUAG